GGCCGCGCAUGCGCCGCGGCCCUGUCCCCGCGCGCCGCCCGUGCUCCGCGCUGUGCUGUGCUGUGCUGCGCUGCCGGCCGCUGGGGUCCCGCGGAGCUGUCGCAGCCUCGCGCCGCGUCCGCCGGUGACCGUUGACAGCGCGCGCGCCCGCCCGCCGGCUCGCGGGGAGUAUGCCCGGCCGCGCCGCGCACCAGGAGGCGGCGGCGGCGGCAGGAGCGGAGCCCACUGCAGCCGGGGGCAGCGCGGGGGCUGCCGCGCAGCAGGAGCAGCGGGGCCUGGCGGGCGCCUUCCCGCUGGUGCUGAAGAAGCUGAUGGAGAACCCGCCGCGGGAGGCGCGCCUGGAUAAAGAGAAGGAGAAGAUAAAGCUUGAGGAAGAUGAGGCAGCAGCUGCCAGCACUAUGGCAGUCUCAGCUUCCCUUAUGCCGCCCAUUUGGGACAAAACUAUUCCUUACGAUGGCGAGUCUUUCCACCUGGAGUACAUGGAUCUGGAUGAGUUCCUGCUGGAGAAUGGAAUUCCUUCCAGCCCUACUCACCUGGAUUUGAACCAGAAUCCACUCUUGCCUGUGGCUGAGCUGGAAGGAAAGGAGUCUGCCAGUGCUUCCACUGGUUCUCCUGCAUCAUCCUCUUCCACUGCAGUUUACCAGCAGUCUGAAGCAGCCUCCAGCACAGAGUCCCCACCACAAAAUGAGAGAAAUACUCCCAGCCCUAUUGAUCCUGACUGCGUAGAAGUUGAGGUGAAUUUUAACCCUGACCCUGCUGAUUUAGUGCUGUCCAGUGUGCCUGGUGGUGAGCUCUUCAAUCCUCGCAAACACAAGUUUACUGAAGAGGACCUGAAACCACAACCAAUGAUUAAAAAAGCCAAGAAGGUUUUUGUCCCAGAUGAGCAAAAGGAUGAAAAAUAUUGGACAAGGCGAAAGAAGAACAAUGUGGCAGCAAAGCGCUCCCGCGACGCUCGGCGAUUAAAGGAGAAUCAGAUCACGAUUCGGGCAGCCUUUCUCGAGAAAGAGAACACAGCCCUGAGGACGGAGGUUGCGGAGCUGCGCAAGGAAGUGGGACGAUGCAAGAACAUUGUUUCUAAAUACGAGACCAGAUACGGACCCUUUGACUUAUCUGAUUCCGAGUGAUGCAACUUUAAAGACUUUUAAAAACAAAGAAACUAAAAAGCACACAUGAGUCGCCAGUCUUCAGAGUGAGCAGUGAAAUCUAUGAGGUGUCCCAACUCAAACAACUGACGAUGACCCUGCCUGCCUGCUUGCCUGCAAGUACCCCAUCUGAACUACCCAGGGCUGGGCAUGAUGAAAAGUGCAAAGUCUCCUUAAUUCUGUAAAUGGCUUUCUUAUCUGUCUCUUUCUCACUGUAACUGAGCUACAAUAAGCUUACUUACUGGGGUUUUGUCAAGACACUCAAAGUUCAUGUCUCAAGGUCUGUUGACAGCCUGUGUGAAUAGAGACUCUUUGGCACUUGAAGUGGAAGAAAAUAGGGAGCUUUAAAGGAGAGUGUCUGUAUAUAUUAAGAACUGCUAUAUUUUAAGACUCUUUUCCCUGCAGUAGAAUGAAUUUUAGUUAAUACUGCAGCUCACUUCUAGUACAGUGUAGCAUCUUGUGGAGUACUGUGAGUGCAGAAUUAAAGCAGCAGUUUGUGAUGUGUGAGACUUCCAGUGCAGAAAAGUACAGCAGAUGUAUUGAAACAAUCCAGAAAGCAUCACAGUGUGCCAUACAAAGAGUAGUGAUAAACCUCUAUUGCCCAUGUAACAGUAAAACACUUCAGUUGCUUUUCUGCUCCACUGCUGCUAACCUGCUUUUCCCUUUGUUUCUUUCAUGAGGCUCACUUUCUUCUAUGGUAUCUUGCUGGAACCAGAUCUAUUCUUCUGUUAACGAUUUAGCAAUCAUGGAAAAGGUGCUAGUCUGAGCUGCUGAUACCUGUGUCUUUUGGCAGUCUGCAACUACCAAAUGAGUAUUAGCUCCAGCAAAACAAUGGCUAUUCGGUGCCAUAUUACAGUUUUCUGUCUCUUGACCACAUGAGAACUGCAGUGGUGAAAGAGUACUUUGUUCAUCUGUUUUAUGAAACUGAAACAGCCAAUGAUUUCCCACAGUUACAACGGGCAGCUUAAGCAUCAAGACCCUUGUGCUGGUGUGGGAGAGUAGAUGAAAGCUUGGACAGAUUGUGGGGAUGUUUAUUGUGUGUAGAAGAUGAAGGAAGUAGGUGGAAGUUCCUUUGUAAGAGUAUCAUCAGCAUAACAAGAAUCUACUCUUAUGUUAAGGAAGCUUAGGAGCUAAAUUUGUGUGGGAAGAAAAAAAGUACUCAAUUUCUGGGCAAGUAGUACAGGGCCAUGCUUGUAGCCAAAAUGGAGCUUGUAAGACAGGAGCAUAUUCUUGUCUGGAGAUCUAUAAACAGCAAACACCUCAAGAAAAAUAAUCUUGAAAGCUUUCAGAAGCACAAGUGCUGAAACUGAGGCACAACUUGUUACCAGCAAAGCUCAACACUAUCAUGUUGAACAAGUAUUUUGACUUUGCAUUUACCCACGAGAUUCCACCUCUAAUUUCAGAGUAGAAAGGAAAGAGAAGAAAGUGCAAAGCAGCAGCUGAUGUUGUGUAUUUCAUUUAAAAUAAAAGGAGAAAAAUCUCAAACCCCACAAUUCGUAACCAGUUUUCUGAAGGUAUAACCUUUGUAAAGAGCAUACACAUUAAAUGUAGUUAUUAAGCUAUUAUUUUUAAUGGACCAUGUUCUGAAGUCGAGAAAGUGCUUUCAAUUUUUUUGCUGGUUACAAAAGUAUACUUACGAGUGUAUUAAUAUAGUUUGGGAUUCUAAAGCUCUGAGAUAAUCUUGGGGUAUUCUCUUCAAAUAGAUGAAUAGUUUAGCUCUGUGUUGCUGGAAUGUCAGCAUAUAUCUCUAUAUCAAGUAUUGCUGAUUUGGACUGAUAUUUUUGAUAUGUACUGUUUUGUUGUUGUUGUUUUUAUUUUGGUGAUAAAAGCUAAAACAGACUUAAAAAAGGAAAAAAAAAAAAAAAGACCCUGACAGCAUGUAAAUGUAGCAACUGUUUUGCAUUUAUCAGUUCUAAAUUUUCAGUUAACUUUGAAUGUCUUCCUGUUUAAAUCACAAAGCUAAAGGGUAUUGUAAUUGGGCAAGGAGUUGCUGGGCCUUCAUUUGGGUCUUGCUGUCUUACUCCUUUAGGAAUAUCUUAUAAAUACUUACAUAUUAUAUACAGGAUUUGGGUUUGCAGUAUAUCAUGCUAUUUUAACAGCAAAAUAGGCAGUGAGAUUAGUAUGUGCAAUUCUAUUGGCUUUUUCUGUUGUAUUAAAAGCUUACGUGAUGGAAACGAACAGUGAAUGUUCAUCACACCUUUCUUUCAGAGAAGACUGUUAGCAACCUCUUGUGCUUCCCUGUAGGACAGUGCAGAUUUGCACAUUCUGUGAUUUGUGUGUCUGGGUUGCAAAACUGGAAAAUCGCACUUUAGGGUGAGUGUGGCUUAACUUUUGUAGUUGGAGAUUUAUUUUUUUGUGAAGAAGCAACAUCUUUAAAGAUAGGUGAGAAGGUAGCAACUAUUUAAAGGAGUAUAGGUAUUGCCAGACAAAAAAUAAUGUGCAAUGCUGAAUUCCUUUCUCAGUUUUUGCAGUCUCAGGAAGUUAAGCUUACUGCUUCAGAGCUCUCUGCUCCUUUCAGAAAGAUUAACCAUAUAAUCUCCUUUCUUUGACUAGGAUGACAAUCCUAUCCAUAAGUGGUAACCUGGGUACAUUUUCAUAGUGGUUAUAAGACCACUGAAAUUCUUUUAGCUCAAUUUGAACAUUAAAAGAUGCUGAAUUGGCACUGCUGGAGUCUGAAGUUCUCUAGCCCUCAAACAUGCUCUGUAGAGGCCAUAAAUGUGCCUGAUGCUAAGGUACCCCCAUUCCAGCCAUAAAGGGACCAUCUCGAAAGGGAGAGAAUAAAGGGAGUGCACCUUUCAGCAUCACUGCAGGGAUUGCCAGUAAAGGGAGCAGUUUUUGGCAGAGCUGUACAUUCAUUAGGAAGUGUAUUGACACCAAAUGGUCAUUUCACAGUACUAACUUGGAAAAUAUAAACUGUUGAUGAGAUUUGUGGGCAGUGAGCAUUGUCUUAUUCUACAGAAGAAACAGACUUUGAAUAAAUGAUGUGCAGCAUUUAAUACAGUAUUGCUUUCGUGCAUGGUCUUCUAAUCUACACAUAGUUGUAUCUCCUUAUAAUAAUGUGGGUUUGUAUUUAAAAAUUCCCUAGAAGCUUAAUCUUUCACCACUUGCCAAGAUCUGCUCCCACUGAAGCCAGUAACAAAGACCUCAUUAACUCCUGCAGGAAAGUCUUUACUCUCACAGGGUUAUCAUAAAGUUUUAGUAAGCACUGGAGUCAUGGGCGUCUUUGCUUUACUCUGGAGCAUUCUUUGCUGGGAUCAGGUGGAUGUAUCUCAGACUGCAGGAGUGAUGUUGGUAAACUGGUCCUCUCACUUCUUCAUUUACACAGUUAGUGAUAGUUUUGAUAUUCAGAUAAUCUCAAUUCUUUUUUUCCACCCUGCAUGGACAGGGUGAAAAAGUAGUGCACUAUAAACUUGCACUGGGAGAAUUAUUUUGGUGUUUUUAAGUUAAAUGUGGCUUUCUGCAGUUCAUCUAGUAACAUUGUGUCUUUUCUGACAAUUCUCUAUUUCCCUGCUGUGCUGUUUGAAAGCCCGAGGUGCCCUAGCUCUAAAAAUUGCUUUCAGCAUUACCUGCAGGACUGCUACUAAUUGUGCAAAAUUCAUUUCAAGAAUGAGAGGAGCAGUGGAAGGCCAGCAGCUUUGGGAAUACUGUAAUGAAACCACUUGUGUGGAAAAAUAUUUUUGUGUAGACAGCAGAAAUAAUGGACUUGCACAGAAGAGAAUAUUGCUGCUUCAGCCUUGUAAGCCUCUUCAGCAUAACAGGGUUUCUUGUGAUCAGAUGCCUUCACUAAGAGUGGAGGUAUCUCGGACCUUUCUUAAACCCACAUAGGCUUUUGUUCAUCGUUAUGGUUUUAGCCGCUAAGCACAAGAUGAAGAAAAGCAUAAAUCUCAUAUUUUUUGGCAACCUACAUCUAAAUCCAUAAACAGCAAAAUCACUCAUUAAUGCUAGUCUUUUGCCUUUGCAGCACUGCGAGACACUGACUGACUUUCUAGAUGUUCAGAUAAUUACUCUGAUCUGUAUAUCUGCCACUGUAACAUGGUGAAGAUAGAUAAACUCAGUGAAAGACUGAGGAAAAGGCAGAAAGAAUAGGCUUAACAUUUGCAGAGAUGCUAACAAAAUGCUAAUUGAGAAAUUACAAUUAUUCAUGAUAAUGCAUAUUUGUCAUACAAAAUGUAAUUUGCUAGUUUGAUAGUAUGCUAUCCCCUAGUGAGUCACUUUCAGAAUGCAAACUUCUUAGAGGUCAAGCAGCUACAGGGGAAAAAGGAGUCCUCUGAGAAAGAUACACAUGUAGACAGACAUAGAUACUUGGCAAGGAGAAUAAGGAAUGAAAGCAGGAAGAGCAGAAUAAUGCAAGAGUCUGAUCUGAGCAAGAUUGCUAAAACUGAAGCCUCACUGUUUACAAUUUUAGGCCAAUUUGGAUCCCCUCAGGUUAGCAUCAGACAGAAGAUAGGUACUUGUUUAGGUUUUGGGAAUCUCCUUGAUCUCACUUCUACAGUCCAGAAGAAGGUGAAGAGAAUGUACAGAUAGGGAGGAGAGUUGCUGCAGAAAGGCAUGGAAAAAUAGCAGUUGCUUUAGGUAACCGUGCUGCUGCACUGGGACUUGACCUGCCGAUGUGAACUGAUAGUGCUGUGUCGUGAGGAAAUUACUAUCUGAGGCCCCAGUAUUUCAAGGCCUUAAUUCUGCUGUCAUUUCUGUGUGGGAUGAGCCCUGUGUCUUACAGAGAACCAUAUGGACUUCACAGGAUCUGUUCUUGAAUGUGAAGCUCUGCCCAGGCAGUCCACUGCAGAAUUGUGUCCUUAACAUGUGAUCAGUUGUAGUUAUAAGGCUGUUGAUAAUAAGUGUAAUUUGGGUGCCUGUUACAUAGCCAAAACCCUUGUUACUUCAUGUUCCCAACUAAGGCAUGAGCAGAAGCCCUUUGCUGUACAACUUGUGUAUAAAAAAAAAAUACCAGUACUUCACAUAUGUCUAGUAAAUUAAGGCAUGUGAUUUUGGUCUGUGGGUCUCAACAAACUUUUCUCGUGUACCUGCCUGAAUGUUUUCUUAGAUCUGCAGCUAUGUCUCGGUGAGAAGGUCUGGUGGGAUUUGCUUUCCUGAGGGGGCACAAUAGCAGCUCUCAUCUGUCACGCUGUGGCUUGACUGCUUGCUACUGGCCAGGAUCAUGGAUGGAUGCAUCCUCUGCACUUUUAUGUGAAGUUGUCUGAAAUAUGGUGAUUAACAUGAUUAUUGGAAUACUGUAUUUUGUAUAACUUAGAACAUGUAAAUACACUUUUAAAACUAAUCUGUUCUAUGAAGUAAUAAAUAAGUGCUUCCAUUGUAAUAUCUGAAUAUUGUUAAUGCUUCAUGUAGCUUGAUUUGGGAUUAUUUUUUUCCUAGAGAACUACAAAAAUCAAAACAAAGAUUGAUGUUGUGGAAUUCUAGUCUAGUUGUGAUGCUUUCUAUCAACAAAAAAUGUUUUGAAAAUAAUAAUGACCUACUUAAGCAGAGAAACUGAGAAUUUGAGGGAAUUGAUUCUCUUCCAGUCUUUCUUUAACAGUAGUUACUGAUUACAUUCAUAAUUGUACUCUUAUCCCAUUAGCUGGACAGUGGAUUUGUUUGUGAGUAGCAUUUGGAAAGUGGUGAUAUUAAAUCAUUUGUGAAGAUUAGUGGUUGAGGAAAACUAAAGUUGUUUGGGUUUGUUUUGUUUUGUUAAACUAUUCUCUCUUUUGGCUCAAACAGAUGUCUCCACCCUUCAGCCAGACUGCAGCAAGUUGCAAUGAAACAGUGAGUGACUGUUACUGAAGCUCAUUUGUAACCUAGAUAGUCUACAUCUUCAUUAGUUCUGUUACGCACAUAGAUGAGGCAGGUAUCCUGCUGUGGUGUGGAGAGAGAGAAAGUGAUUAAUGACUUGAGGUUUUGCUGAGUACAUGUUCACUGGAUGCUGCACAGCUGGAACUUUCAUCAGCUUUCACGGCCUUUUCUGUCUCCUGUUAAAAGGGAAAAAAAAAAAACCAAAACAGUGGAGUGAGAAUCAUGAGCAGUCUGCUAGGAAAUAGACUUGGGGUUUGAGGAGGAGGUGAGAUUGAUCCAUCAGCCUUCAUCUAAAGAGAUUAGGCUGUGAUGAUGCUUUAUCCAGCCGUAAAGUAACUUGUCUUAAUGCUGGACUGGAACAGUCUCCUCUCUGACAACAGCUGUGUCUGCAGUGUUCCAUGAAUGACAAAAGCCACAACAUCCUUUGCAGGUGGCAGAGAUGGUGGCAUCUCUGGUUUGGUUUUUAUUUUCUCCUUAAUUUCUUUUUUUCCCUCCCCUCUCAGUGUUUCUUGGCUGUAAAAUGGCUAUAAAACAGCUAAGCAUAUGUGCACGUUACUCAGAAAACUCUGAUCCUGUAAAGCUUUUUCAGAGACAUACAGUUUUUAACUAAAUAGUUUGAGGGAACUCCUAUCUGCUUUAUUUGGCCUGAAAUUCUGAUGCCUGUUGGAUACAAGUAUUUUCUUGGCUUCAGAUGUGGCACUGAUCUGUCCCAUUCAUUCAGUGGGAUGGGUGAUAAAUCUGCACAGUAUUUAUAUAAGAUAUAUAUCUGAUCUUAGUUUUACUGCAUGUUAAGUUUAAUCUCUUGGAUGUCUGCUCCUUGAGGUUGUCUAUAUAAUUCCUGUAAAUGUAGCUGCUUUCUGAAGCAGUCCAUCAAGUGCAUUUGAGAUCAUCUUGACUGAGAGAUUCUAUAAAAGCAAAAGAGAUAAUAAAGAUUAUAAAGCAGCUGAGUAAAACUGUAUUGCCAUAAAUGGUUUUAAUUUAUAUAUGAAUCUUUUAUCCCAAACUGCUUAUUUUGUACAUAGACCUACACACUCCUGGCAGCUGAUGGGUGAAAAUAAAGGUGCUUAAACAGCAAUCAAAUGAGAAAAGGGCAUUUCACUGUUGCAGAGUUGGUAUUAUUUUAUAUUUCCAUUUAUUACACUUUUUUAAAUGUAUAAACCACAGAUUUGAAUUCUCGAAGUCUUCAGCUUGGAUUUUGUGAGUAGUUUAAAUCCUCUCACCUCUCUGCUCGUAACUGGUUUUUAAGAAAAAAGAAAAGCUUUGUUUAAAAUGUAAAAUUUUGACUGUAUUAAAUUCUGUUAGUACCCUUCCUUUUUAAGAAAUAAAAUAUAUAUUCCACUA